AUGGAUAGCUCUACAACCCCCACCGAAGCGACUGGCCUGCAGCGUCACCCAGAGCUCUAUUUCGAUGAUGGCGACAUCGUUCUAAAAGCCACAAACUCGUUCGAAGGCAGCCAACGAAACUAUCGAUUGUUUUGCGUUCAUCAGGCUGUUCUGUCCACGCACUCUCCGGUAUUCUCCAACCUCUUCGCCGACGCUUCCGCGGGUACGGAAUCAAUGUAUGACGGGAGAUCUCUCAUUGCUAUGGCGGACGACGCGGCGGAUCUCGCGCAUCUCCUCUUGUACUUAUACGAUCCUGGUCGAUACCUUUUGCGUUCGUUCCAUCCAGACACCGCAGUCGAGCUCAGGGGUGCUGUCAAACUCGCGGAUAAGUACCUUCUCGACAAGGCCCGCUCAAGCAUGAUCCAGAGAGUCACGCAGGACUGGCCAACCACUCUCGACGACUGUGACAUCAAUGAGGGUACACGCCGGGCUAUAGAACGCACGAUGUACGACGCGUAUCGCGCAACUUCCAGCAGCGUGGCACUGGCCGACCGCACGCCGGAGCCCGUGUCCACGAUCGUAUUCGCGCAGGAACACGGGUGCGCGGAGAUACUGCCGGCAGCCUUCUACAGCCUCGCGUCCAUCGAUGUGCGCUCUGUGUGGUGCGAGGACCCUGAGCGCUGGGUCCACAUGUUGAUGUUCCCUUGUGCGCGAUGGGAGCUCUGCGACAAGGACAACCUCGUUCGCUACAUCACGGGCCGGCAGUCGUUGGAAGCUCUCUAUCACAGGGUAUCGCGCGACCUCAGCAUGGGCGUGAUGCUGCAUGCGCCCUGCCGCCCGCCCUUCGGGGUCGUCGAUGUGGACACGGACGACUGGCCAUGCCUGCGCGCCCUGCGGACGAUUCGCUAUCGGGUGUGGGGUACGAGACCCACGUAUGAUCCGCUUUCGAAACUGCUGGAACUCGACGAAUACGACAAGCUGGGCAUUGCGGUCAUGCCGAGGGGUCCUGAGACGCUGUGUCGCGACUGCCGGGAGACGUUUGGAAAAUGGGUGUACGAGCAGCGCACUCGGCUCUGGGAGCGCCUUCCGCAAAUAUUCGGUCUGGAGUAG